GUCUCCUCAGGGUCUCCGUAGAUUUACGUUUUGGGGGAUUUUUUUCCCCCUCCUUCCUGCAGCUGCUGACGCGUACAGGGCUCACACAGCCUCCUCCAUGUUCCCGCUUCACUGCUUACUUUUAGGGAGCCUGUUUUUCCAGGCAGGGGGCUACUUUUCGGAAGAAAAGUCCCCGGAAGAGUCGAGAAUGCAGCCUCCGACCGUGGUCGUCGCCAUCAUCGCCAGAAACGCCGCGCACGCGCUGCCGUACUACCUGGGGGCUCUGGAGAGGCUCAACUACCCCAAAGACCGCAUCUCAGUGUGGGCAGCCACGGAUCAUAAUGUGGAUAACACCACAGCCAUACUGAAAGAGUGGCUCACAGUCAUGCAGAAGUAUUACCAUUAUGUUGAGUGGAGACCCAUGGACCAGCCAACGUCCUAUGCAGGAGAGCUGGGUCCAAAGCACUGGCCCAACAGUAGAUAUGAGUAUGUGAUGAAGCUGAAGCAAGCGGCUCUCAACUUUGCUAGAAAACAUUGGGCUGACUACAUUCUGUAUGCAGACACCGACAACAUCCUCACCAACCCCGACAUGCUUCAGCUAUUGAUCGCUGAGAACAAGUCGGUCAUCGCGCCGAUGUUGGACUCUCAGGGAGCGUACUCCAACUUCUGGUGUGGCAUCACUCCGCAGGGAUACUAUCGCCGAACGGCAGAGUACUUCCCCACUCGCCACCGCCACCGAUUGGGCUGCUUCCCUGUGCCGAUGGUGCACAGCACGGUGCUGCUGAACCUGAGGAAGGUGGGCAUGAAGAAGCUGGCUUUCUACCCCCCUCAUGAGGACUACUCCUGGCCGUACGAUGACAUCAUCGUGUUUGCUUUCUCCUGCCGCGCUGCAGAAAUUCAGAUGUACCUGUGCAACAAGGAGCGCUACGGUUACCUGAACGUUCCGGCCAAACCGCACCAGACCGUGGAGGACGACCGCCUAAAUUUCGUCCACCUCCAUCUGGAGUCCAUGAUUGAUGGUCCCCCAAUGUAUCCUUCUAAGUUUGUACACAUGUUCCCCAAACAGAGGGAUCUCAUGGGAUUUGAUGAGAUUUACCUGAUCAACUUGCGGCGCCGGCCUGACCGCCGAGACAGGAUGCUGUUCUCUCUGAAUGAGCUGGAGAUUGACGUUAAGGUGGUGGACGCUGUGGACGGAAACGCACUAAACAGCAGUGACAUUAAGAUUUUGGGGGUUGACCUCCUCCCGGGUUACUAUGACCCCUUUUCUGGGCGCACUCUGACCAAAGGAGAAGUGGGCUGUUUCCUCAGCCACUAUUACAUCUGGAAGGAGAUUGUGGACCUGCAGAUGGAUAAAGCUCUGAUUCUGGAAGAUGACGUUCGCUUUCAGGCCAACUUCAAGCGAAGGGUGCUCCGGCUGAUGGAGGAGGUGGAGCAGGUGGAGCUGGACUGGGACAUCAUAUACCUGGGCAGGAAGCAGGUGAACCCUGGAAAGGAGGAGGCGGUGGAGAACGUUCGGAAUCUGGUGAUGGCUGACUACUCGUACUGGACUUUGUCGUACGCCAUCUCCCAGCAGGGCGCCCAGAAACUGCUCAACACAGAGCCGCUUUCCAAGAUGCUGCCCGUCGAUGAGUUCCUGCCGAUCAUGUACGACAAACACCCAAAUGAGGAGUACAAGUCCCAUUUCCUGAACAGAAACUUACAAGCGUUCAGCACGCGCCCCCUGCUGGUGGAGCCUUGUCAUUUCGCUGGGGAUCCACAGUGGGUGAGUGAUACAGAGACGUCCACUCUCUGGGACGAUGAUGCCGUCAGGACUGACUGGAGAGGUUCCCACAAGACCCUAAAAGGAGCUGGACCGGCGCCCGACAUGCUGUCUGUUGGCUACAGAGAUGAGCUUUAGUUCAGCUCGGGAGGAGGUGGGGAGGAGCAGGAGGUCCAGAGGAGCCAAAGAAGAUGCAGAGAUUUCUCAGGCACGGCAUCUAUUUGAUACACUCUAAAACUCAUGGACAGAUUUACUUUUUCCAAAGCAUUUAAGCACAAUUAUUGCUUUUUUAAGAUACUCUAACUUGUCCAAAUUCAUUUAAUUUGCAAUUUUCCUAAAAAAGGUCUGCAAUGGGAAAAAUUAAGCAUUUUUGCCCUAAAGAUUUUUUUCUUUUUUUUUGCUUAAUUGUUUUUUUAACGAUGCAAAAAAAAUAUAUAUUUUUUCUUUUUUUUUUUACCCGUACUGACCUGAAACAAUUGCAUUUCUUGUUCCUUAAAAGUGUUUCUGAUUAAGUUAUAUAUCCUCCUUGUAACUGGAUUAAUGAGAUUUUAUUUAAUAUUCUUACUUUCUACAAUUUUACAUGUUUAUUCUGUCUUUUUGUAAGUUGGUAUAAAUACUGGAUCACCAAAAUAUUACAUUUUUUGUUCAUUUUUGUUCUUUAUGGCUGUUGAUGAAAUUAAUUACUUUCAAAAAGAAAAAAAGUGCAAAAAUGUCAUGAAUAUUUUGUGAAUGUAUAUCAAGAGAAAGUUAACUUUGUUGAGGCAUCAUUCUUCUCAGAGUUUAACUUUUAUUAGUUCUGAUUUUGUCAAAUUGUACUGAAUGAAAGCGAAUAAAUAAGCAAAUAGGAAGCAAAAAUUGACUUUAAUAUGAGUCAAGAAAAUGUUUAUGGAUCUUUUUUGCUUCUUCUGGAGUGUGUUCUUUAAAAAUGCAUUGAAAGCUCAUUUUAAGAAUAUUUUUUAUUGCUAAUCUCAUGCGGUCAUGUUUGUAUUCAUUCUUCAUGCUCUGAUCUUAAAUUAUCCUGAGCUGUUUCAUUUUCUGCUUGUCCUAAUUUAUUUCGUUUCUGUUGAUGUGUGGGAAAGAGACGUAGGAAAAAUGUGCUGCAUGGAAUCAUGGGAAUCAUUUCACCUCUCGGUGCCUUGGAGAAAAUCGUUUGUAUUCAUGUUGUUUACUUUUUUGUGUCAGUUUCUCUGUAAAUACUCUAGAUUUCUAUAGAAAAACAAGAGAGAAGUGACACUUUGCACAGUCAAUAUUUCUGGUGUUUGUGAAUAAAACAGUUUCUCUAAAUUG